AUGCCGCCCAUGGAUCAGCCGCGGUGUGAGGAGGUGGUGGAUUACGACGCCAACGGCAAGCUCGUCUGUUACCAUCACAAGGAGCGCAUCUGCAGCACGUGCUGCCUCAACUAUGAGUUUGACCUUGGCUUCGACUUUGGCGACAACGUCUUUGACAAAUACGCCGUGCCCGUGUGCCUUCCACACCGCCGCCGCAUCUGCCACGAAUGCUGCUGUGCCUUCAGCUGCGACACGGCCAAGGGCAUCAAGACCCCCAACAGCUACUCUGUCGAUGCCUACGGCAAGCUCGUGUGCGCCUGGCACAGCCGCCGCGUCUGCCACGUGUGUGACGUCGCCCUGAUCUAUGGCGCCCCCGAAACGAACUCUCUCGGGACCAGACCCAACGGCCCACCUGUGCGACCCAGGCUCAUGGAGAAGUGGAUGCUGCCGGAACGCGCUGCAUCCGAAAGGUCGUCCUCGACGAAGGCGUCUUUUUCGACGAGAGACUUGCCAGCGACAAGAGUCUCUGUCCCGACACGGGGAUUCGUCGAGACAAGGGAAGAGACCCCCUCGACGUAUUCCUCGCCGGGCUAUGAGACUCCGCCGGUGGCCAAGCAGGCUGCGGUCGCAGAGCCCGCGGCGGCCAGAGAAGUGGCCGCCCGAUUGAUCAGAGAACCCAAGCCGGUCCAGGCGACCAAGUGGGUGCCACCGCCAGAGUCUGUUCAAACCAUUGAUGCACACGAAGAGCACCUCUUCCGCGAUUCUUCCAGACCCCGAGUGUCAAUCCCCGCGAUGACACCACUUUCGAACCAAAACCACAGUCUCGUAGGCAAAUCGGAUUCUCACAUGGAGCCCCAUCAGGCCAAGAAGCCAGAGAGGCCUUCAGGCUCCUUCGCCAAUGUUCAGUCUAGGAACCUGGAGCCAUCUCUCAUCGAGAGCAGAACCUUGAAGGCCACGACCUUGCCGUCCACAUUGUUGAACGCACCAUCUCGAGAAUCGACACCUGAGGGCCAGGAAAUACCUCCCUGGCGAGAUCUUCUCAACAAGAUUGGCUCAAUUCCAGAGUUUCAGCCACGUUCAGAAAGCCAUACGGCUUUGCCAGUUUCAGAUGGCCCCGGCUACGAUAGCUGGGAUGCAGACCAGUCAUCGGGCCAGGCAUCAACGCCGCCCCUCAAGUGGCCAUCGAGCAACUACUGCGAGCAAUGCGAAGUUUCCUGGCUUUGUGUUCGCGAGGAUUACGUCACCGAGCAUCCGCUGCAUAACAGCUGCAAACCCAUAGGUUCGAAAAGCGACUUUGCUAUGAAAGCACGAACGCUCAUUGUCAACUUCUCCGGCGUCAUGCCUCAGGGAGAAAAGCACAAGCUCGGCGGCGCGGGUGUCUUUUUCGGGCCCUCGUCCGUCUACAAUCGUUCUGAGAUUCUGUCUGACUGGUACACAAGCCCGCAGAGCGCCAUGAUUGAAGCGGCACGCAUGGCUGUACAGGACGUUCGAGAAUGUAUCCUGCCUCGCCGGGACGAACUCAUAGAGAACCGGUGCCAAGGGGAAGUUGUGUGCCAGUUGCGCGAUGCAAAGCCCUUCCGGAUGAUCCUCGUAUCUGACUCGCGCACCAUCGUCGACAUGAUGACUACAGAUAUCAAGAAAUGGAGGUACAAUAGCGAGGAGCAGGUCUACAUCAACCGCAAGGGAGGCACCAUUCGUAACAGCUUGGGAAUAUUUCAGCUGGCCCGAGAGAUGGAACUCUUGACCGAGACGGGGGUUGAGAUUCAAUGGCAUUAUACAAAGCAAGAGUUCAAUCACGAGGCCGUUCAGCUCGCGCAAGAUGCUGUCGACCGCGCGAGACUUUUCGACGAGGUGGACGGCACGUCGCCUGACGGGCAGAACAAACCGGCGAGCUGGCAAGUUGUCACCUGGGCUGACUAG